UCUUAGGAACAACUUUCAAACAAGCAACAAAGAGAAAAAAUGGAAGCCAUUUCAAAAUUUCCCCAUACACAUCAACCAAUAAGGUCCAUUAGUUUUCCUACAAGAGGAAACCCUUCUUCUCAAAGAAUUGAAGAACUUUUAAACCACCUAAAACAUCAUCAUCAAAACUCUCUCUCAAGCAACAUUCAUUUGGAAGCAGAGAAAAUUCAGAGUGACUUAGUAGGGCUUGCAGAGAUUUACAAUUGUAUGGAAGAACUCUUCAACUCUCCACAAACUCAACAAUCUCUUCUACGUUACCAAGAUGGAAAACUCAUAUCAGAUUCAUUGUGUAGCUCAAUCACAUUGCUAGAUGCUUGUGAGUGUUCAAGGGAUUUAUUAUUGGUUCUUAGAGAACAUAUACAAACACUUCAAUCAGCAAUACGUAGAAGAAGAAAAGGUGAUUCAAGCAUUGAAAACAGUGUUUCUUCUUAUGAAAAUUUCAGAAAGAAGGCAAGGAAGAAAAUUUCAUACCAACUUUUGGAGCUAAAGAAAAUGCAGAACAAAGUUAACUCAUUUUCUCUUUGUGAUCAAGAUCAACAACUAGCAUUUUUGGUUAGAGUUUUAAGAGAAGUGAACACAAUCACUAUAUCUAUAUUAAGUUCUGUACUACUUUUUUUUUCUAUGCCAGCACUUGGAACAAAAGGGUCAUCUUUGAUUUCGAAGUUGAAGCCUAUGGUGUUUUUCUCUUAUGAGAAAGAAGGGAAGAACAAAAAUGAGGUUGAGGAUCUAAACAAUGCUUUGUGUUCUCUUAUUGGAAAAGAUAAAAAUAGUGAUCAUUCUAAUAGUGAAGGUCAAAGGGCAUUGAGAUUGUUAGAGACAUUGAAUGUUAAUGUUGAUAGUUUAGAAGGUGGAUUAGAUUGCAUAUUUAGAUGUUUGGUAAAAAAUAGAGUGUUGUGUUUGAAUAUGUUAACUCAUUAGGCUAACAUAGGUGGAGUAAAAAUUAAUGUCCUUUUGUAAAUGAGAGAAUGAUCUUGUAGUGAAAAUCAAUCCAUGUUUGAACGAGAGCUUCAUGUUUUAGAAUUAUAUUAUUGGACCUUUGAUGCAAUACUUUGUGACCAUUGAUGUUUUAGAAUUAUAUUAUUGGUCAUUACAAAAAGAAUUAUAUUAUUGGACCUUUGA